CUUGAUCAGACAUUUGCCUCUGAAUAGUUAAGCAAUAUACUAGCACUCAAUGUUUCACACCUCUUACUAGUUCAACACUUACUUAUUUAGAAGUUGCCAGCUAGUCAAUAAUCAAAACGAUGACUGCGGAGUCCGCAUACGUGUUCAUAGAUCCAAAUGUCCGUCCAUCUGCGCCAUCAUCUUCCACAUCCAAUAUAAAUUUCCAACUCGAACUAUUCGGAGCUCUUAACCGCCGCAUGGGACCCACUCUCUGAACCAAAUUCUUGCCUUCUUCGUCUCCCCAAGACUCCGUCAUCUUUACUUUCUCUCUACUUGAAUUUUCCGGACAUUCCGAGGAAGGAUUACGAGCGGGCAGUGUAGAUUCUUCAGCCUGGUCGUGGUAGGGUUUGGUUUCGAGGGGAUUGCUUUUGCGUGCGGAUUGGGUUGCUUUUACAAAAGAUCAUGGAUUGCCUGUAAUCGAACUCCUUAUGAACAUAUGAAAUUAUGAAGUGGGGUGCGGGUUUUGACUAGAGAAGCUGCAGUUCGUUUGAGUUUAUGUGUUUGAUUGCUGAUACCAAAGAUUUGCUGUAUUUUGGGAUUGAAUAGGUGACAGACAUUACUGUACAUGGAGGAGGAAAAUGAGAACUGUAGAAGAUUAAAUGACAUCAAUUCCAUCCAGUCAUGCCAAUUUUGUGGUGAAAUGACAGAUGGGAUGUAUAUUGACUCAACUUCUCAAGGGGCGACUUCAAUCAGUCCAACAGUUUCAUUUGAAAGUACUGAAAGAUCCGUCUCAAGCUGCAGUGAUUUUUCAGUUGAUGUAAACUCUGACUGCAGGGGUUUUCUCGAUGAAAGCACAACAGGCAGCAGUCCAGGGUGUUUCUGUUUUAAUGUAAAUGGGGAUCUUCCUGAUUCUAGGUUACAAACUCCUUCAAAUGGAAGCAAUGUAGACUACUGUGGAAUAAAUAAUAGAGGCUCUGAAGUGGAAAAUAGUAUAUCAGAAAGAGACCCCGAUGAAGAAAGUGGAGUAUGUUUUAAUCUUGAAGUGGAUGCUGACUUCUGGCGACCACCCGAUCCUGUAGACAGAGAUCUGGAUAUGGAGGGGAGUGUGACUAACUAUGAGGAUGAUGAGGACAUUGAAUGUGCUGAUGGUUUGAACUUAGUUAGCUUCGGAGAAGAGGUCUCUGGGAGUGUCAAGUUCAAAGAGCAAAAGCGGAAGGCAAUGGAAGAGGUUAUGAGUGGGAAGUUUAAGGCACUUGUUACUCAACUUCUCAAGUCUGUCGGUGUAAACUCCACAGAGGAAGAUGUCCACAGUUGGGUUGAUAUAGUGACUGGUCUAUCGUGGAAUGCUGCUUCAUUUGUGAAGGUUGUUGCAGCUAAGGGCAAGGCAAUGGAUCCUGAUGGCUAUGUUAAAGUAAAAUGUGUUGCAACUGGCACUCGUAAUCAGUGCCAAUUUGUUAAAGGUUUAGUCUUCAAGAAACACGCUGCUCACAAACACAUGCCUUCAAGGUACAAGAACCCCAGAUUACUUUUGAUACGUGGUGCACUUGGCCUCUCCUCAAAUGAGUUGUCUUCUUUUGAAUCAAUGCAACAGGAGAAAGAUGACCUCAAAUCAUUUGAGGAAAUGUUAGAAAAGUAUCAUCCCAAUGUUGUGUUAGUGGAGAAAGCAGUUUCUCGUGAUGUGCAGGAAUCUAUUCUCAAAAAGGGAAUCACAUUAGUCUUUGACAUGAAACUUCAUCGUCUUGAGAGAGUUGCUCGAUGCACUGGUUCACCUAUACUAUCUUGUGAUUCAUUUGCAGCUGGAAAGCUAAGGCAGUGCGAUUCAUUUCAUUUUGAGAAGUUCAUCGAAGAACAUGCUACUUCUCGUGAAGGUGGAAGGAGGCCCAACAAAACACUGAUGUUUAUUGAAGGUUGUCCUACACGUCUUGGUUGUACGAUUUUGUUGAUGGGGAGUAACAUUGAUGAAUUGAAGAGGAUUAAAUGUGUGGUCCAAUGUGCAGUUGUGAUGGCCUAUCAUUUAAUCCUUGAGACAUCAUUCAUUCUAGAUCAGAGGGCAAUGUUUUCUACCGUCCAGCCAACACAUUUGAUGACAGUAUCAGCUAACAAAAAAAAUUCUACAUCUGUUAGUCAUGGUGCAGAAAGUGUUUCAAACAAUGAAGAUUCUCUUCCUGGAAUUACAGAUGUGAUUUCUAACGGGUUUCAUGCAGAGGGAGAUGAUAUUUUGCAAUCAGAAGUCAACCCUGAAAUGUCGCUAGAUCCAUACAACCCAAUCAUCCUCUCUGGAUUUUCUGCUCUUACAUCUUCUCUAAGAGAAGUUAUGAUAGAAAGUUUUCCAAAAGUUUCUUCGUCCCAUCAAUCUAUGUGCUCACAUCUUGGGGUUGAUAGAAGCAUCAUGGAUGAUCACAUCCAGACUGAUGCUCAGGUUUCUAAUGCUUCAACAGUGGUUAAUAGUGUUAAAGAACCUAAAAUAUUCCCUGAUGAAGAAAAGAUACCAGAGAAGGAGAUCAUGCAUAUUUCUGAUACUCUUGAAGAAGAUUUGGAUGCAGAGAAUGAGUUGUAUAAAGAUCAAAGAAAUGGGGGAGAUGAUAUUACCACAGUAUUGGAUUCUGAAAGUAUUUUGGUUCUGAUGUCAAGCCGGAAUGCUUCUAAAGGGAUUAUGUGUGAACAUAGACAUUUUUCACAUAUCAGGUUCUACAAAAACUUUGAUGUCCCCCUUGGGAAUUUUUUGCAGGAUACUUUGCUAAAUCAGCUACUGUGCAAAACAUGUGCUGAACCACCCAACGUUCACAUUUUUUACUAUGCGCACUACAAUAAGCAACUCACAAUACAAGUUCGUGCUUGUCCUGCUGACUGGUGCCUGUCAGGUGCGAGGGAAGGGAAGCUUUGGAUGUGGAGCCGUUGUGGUAAAUGCAAACUCAAAAAUGGAAGUUCAAAAUCUACAAAACGUAUUCUGAUAUCAUCUGCUGCUCGUGGUUUGUCAUUUGGGAAAUUUUUGGAGCUGACCUUCUCAAAUUCAUCUGUCUUUAAUAAACUAUCCAACUGUGGACAUUGUCUUCACAGGGAUUUUGCAUUAUUCUUUGGAUUGGGUCCAAUGGUUGCCAUGCUUAGAUACACACCUGUUGCUACUUACUUGGUGUCUCUGCCUCCUCUGCACCUUGAGUUUGGAAAUCCCUUAAUAGCCGAGUUCCUGAACAGAGAUAUUGAGAAUGUAUAUUCAAAAGGUAUUCAGAUGUUUAAGGAUAUCAAGAACACUUUGAAGGAUAUCUGGAUUCAUUCCAUUGGAAGAGAUCUCAACCUUCAAGAAACUCCUAAAGAAUUCAUUGAAAUUGAUGCAAUGUUGAAAGAGGAGAGGUCUCACUUUGAGGCUGAUAUUGAGAAACUUAAUAAUGGGAAUGUUGAUAACAUUGCGUACAAAUUCCUUAGCUUGAACACAAUACGGCUGGAUCUUCUGCUUGAGGCAUGCAUUUGGGAUAAAAGGCUACAUGCAUUACUUUCAUUUGCUGAAGAUAUCAUAAAGCAAAUAUAUCCUCAAGUUGACAACAUGGAGCAUGGGAAAACUUGCUUGAGACAAGAUGAGAAAUUUGGGAAAGAAGUCAGUCAUUUUGAAACAGACAUAGAAAGAGUGGAUACUAUUGCAGACAGUGGUGCUGAAAUUAAGAUUGAGUUUGAUGGUUCUGUUGAAGAUGAAAGCAAUGUUGUAGAAAUUUUUGUAGAAGGCCCAGCAGAUGAUGCUUCAGGAAAUGCAUCUUCCCUUGAUAUGAAUAUAACUGAUACCCAUGAUAGAGAAAAUUAUCUCGGCGAACAACUUGAAGGAUUAAUGUCAGAAGAUGACUCAUCAUCAUCUUCAUCUGUCAUUCUAGAAGGCAGUAAGGGCCUAAUUGCUGGGAGUGCAUCUCGGAACAAUUUACCAGUGCGUGGCACUCAAGUGAAAUCCAAUUUCUCCUCUAAGUCCCAUGCUGGUGAUGCAGGUCAUCUUGAACACAUUCUGCCUUCAUCUACUCAAGCGCAAAUCAAUAAAUUAAUGCCGGCUACUAGUGAUGCGGGAUGGAAUCAUUUUGAAGACAAUUCCUUCAUUUCAAUGUUGUCAAGCUGUGAGGCCGGUAUGGAAUGGAUUUGGACUCCCUUCCCAGAAAUCCGAUGCGAGUUUAUAAAAAUUCUUAAAACAGGGAACUUGCCAAAAUUUGGAUCUGUCACCUGCCAUGCUGCAGAAAGUAUUUUAUCUGGACUUAUUGCUGAUGAGGGUGCAAAACUGCAUAUCCCUCUUGGCGAUUACAACUACAUCAUUAGUGACUUUGAGGAUGAACUUUCAAGCAUAAUUGCUUGUGCAUUGGCCUUGCUGAAGGAUUUACCACCCAAUACUGUUUAUGAUUUUGGGGAUGAUGAUAGAGAAGACAAGGUAAUGGAUGCCAAGACAUUUGAUAGUUCUCAAGGCCUGAUGCGGGCAUUCUUAUUUUCUCAAAAUUCGUCAUCCAGGUCCUUGGACUCCGAAGGGAGCCGUUCUAGUGUUCUUUUGGAAGAAUCUUGUGCAUCAAGUUUUGAUGGGCUAGAUUCCUUUAAUCCUUCAGUUCAUCAUGUACAAGUUAACAUGGGUUAUGGAAAACACCAGGGGAAACGCAAGUAUCAUGUCUCUUGUGCCUAUGCUAGCCAGUUUCGGCAGCUGCGUGAUCGUUGUUGUACAUCUGAAGAUGAUUACAUUGCUUCAAUAAGCCGGUGUAGAGUUUGGGAUGCUAAAGGUGGAAAAAGCAAAUCUCUCUUUGCCAAAACUUUUGAUGACCGGUUCAUCAUAAAGGGCAUCCAGAAGAUCGAAUACGACUCAUUUAUGGUGUUUGGUCCUGAUUAUUUCAAGUAUUUGGAUCAGUGCUAUGAGAAGGGGAACCAGACCUGCCUCGCAAAAAUUCUCGGUGUUUAUCAGGUUACCAUUAGACCGACAAAGAAUGGAAAAGAGAAAAAAUAUGAGCUGAUGGUGAUGGAAAAUCUCUCAUUUGGUCGAGUUAUUACUCGACAGUAUGAUCUUAAAGGCGCUUUGCAUGCUCGAUUUAAUACUCCUAGCAAUGAGGCAGGGAACGUACUUCUUGACCAGAACUUUGUGAAUGAUAUGAAUGAUUCUCCUUUGUAUGUCACUAGAAAAUCAAAGCAAAAUCUGCAACGCGCUGUGUGGAAUGACUGUUCCUUCCUAAAUCAUAUCAAUGUGAUGGAUUAUUCUCUACUGGUGGGAAUGGACACACAACGGCGUGAACUUGUGUGUGGCAUCAUUGACUAUCUCAGACAGUAUACAUGGGGAAAGCACAUUGAAACCUUUGUUAAGUCGUCAGUACUCAUCCCUAAAAAUCAGUCGCCCACCGUUAUCUCCCCUAAAGAAUACAAAAAGAGAUUCCGAAAGUUCAUCGACACACACUUUCUGAGCGUUCCAGAUCAUUGGUGCUCUCAAAGAUCUUCAAAACCAUGCCAACUUUGUCAGGGGCACGGUAGGUCGUGAUCGUUCGGAACCCAGGAAAUCCCAAAGUUCUGAGUAGACAGAGAGCCCUUUUUUUCCUUAAUCCACUGAUCAAAUGCACCCAUUUUUUUCCCCAUUUGGUUCAGCACAUCUCUACCACUUUGGAGCUAUCCAUAAUUUGUACAUAGGAAAUAUAGGGACAUAUCAUACCCCCGACUCUCAUUCUGCGAUAUUUUUCUACAGCAAAUUCAUGAGGGUAUGGUCAGAUUCAUUUAGUUACGGAGGAUUCAGCCAUGCAGAUAAUUGUAAAAAGUCACUGAUAGCUUUCACAUUCCUACUAUAAUGAAUGAAUGGGAAAAAA